AACGAGCGGUUUACCUCCAAUCCCCAUCACCUUAAACAAAUCUCUCUCCAUAAGCGUUACGAGUAAAAUUAAAAUCUACUAGCAAUAACUCAGCAUUGUGCAUCCGGAUACACUAGUCAAGUUGCAUAAACCAACACUAGAAUCCUGGCUAAAUCUAUCACCCAAUAAUUUAUCCAUAAAAAUCCAACAAUCAUAAUUCAAAUUCAUAAUUCAUAAUUUCAUACAUAUAAAUUCUCCCUCUCUUCCUUCCUUCCUUCUUCUCUCCCACCACUCUCUUUCUCUCUCUUCAACCACUCCCACUCUCUCUCCUCAAAUGGCAACCACCACUAACACCACACCCUCACCCAUUAAAUCUCUCUCACUACCCUUCAAAACACGUGUCAAAGUCACAGCCAUCAACUUCGCCACCGACAUUGUCCGCCGUACAGAUGGCACAAUCAACCGCAUCCUCAUGAACCUUCUAGACCGCCGCGUCGGACCCAAUCCCACCCCUUACAACUCCGUCUCAACCCACGACGUCGUUUUCGACCCUUCCAACAAUCUCUGGUUUCGCCUCUUCGUCCCUCACAAAUCCGACGUCGUUUCAUUCCCCAUCAUCGUCUUCUUCCACGGCGGCGGUUUCGCCUUCCUCAGCGCCGCCUCCAACGCAUACGACGCCGUUUGCCGUCGUUUCGCCCGCAAACUAAACGCCGUCGUUUGCUCCGUCGAAUACCGCCCCUCACCGGAACACAAAUUCCCUUCCCAAUACGAGGACACCUUCGCCGUCCUUAAAUUCCUCGACAACCCCGAUAAUCGGAAAAACCUCCCAUUCUGGCCGGAAAAAGCUGACUUGUCAACCGUAUUCUUCGCCGGAGAUUCCGCCGGCGGUAACCUCGCACACCACCUCGCCGUAAACUACGCGAAAUCAUCCUCCACUUUCACUCUCCUCAAAGUCAUCGGACUCGUCAACAUCCAACCCUUUUUCGGCGGGAAAGAGCGAGUCAACUCGGAAAUCGAACUCGAGGGUGCGCCAGUUGUGUCAAUGGAUCGAACCCAGUGGUUGUGGAAGGCGUUUUUACCAGAUGGGCUGGACUGUGAUCAUUGGGCCGUGAAUGUAAGUGGGCCGAAUGCAAUAGAUAUAAGUCGGGUCGAAUACCCGCCCACAUUGUUGUUUGUGGGCGGGUUUGACCCGUUGAAGGAUUGGCAAAAGAGGUAUUAUGAGUGGUUGAGAAGAAAUGGGAAAGAUGUGAAGUUGGUGGAAUAUUCUAGUGCUAUUCAUGCUUUUUACGUUUUUCCUGAAUUGCCUGAAGCUGAGUUGUUGUUUGCUGAGGUUAAGGAGUUUUUCAACAACCAAAUUUCUAAAGUUAGGCGAACUAAAAUUUGAGCUGCUUUUGUUAUUAUUAUUUUUUUAGUAUCUUUAUUUGGUUCAAUUUAGUUGUGUAUUAUGUUCAUUGAUUUCAGAAUUUGGAAAAAAAGAAAAAAAAAAGAUUAAUACAUAUAAACCUAUUAUUAUGUAUAGGGUUUAUAUAUAUAUAAUGCUUCGUAAUUAUUAAUGGCAUGUCAAGUCGUUUAGGUUUAUGGAGAUACUCUCUAGUUUGAUAACCUAAACUCGUUGUUGAUUAA